AUGCCAGACCAGGCCACCGAUCGGACGGGCACCCAAUAUAUCAAGACAGAGAAUCGGACUGGCAACAAGGAUAUCGAGCCAAAAACAGAAAAUCAAACCCAGAUCAAACUCGAUCAAGGCCAGAUCAAACUCGAUCCCGAUGCAGAACCCCCGAUCUGUCCUACUGAGGGCGUCGAACAUCGAGAUCCGCCGGCAGAAGGACCCGCAGCGACCGUCCCACAGGCCCCACAGGAUGCCGAGGAUGAUGAGAUAUAUUACCAUUACAGUGGCGGUCUCUCAGCGGAAGAUCUUGAAGGAAACCUGGCCGUCCUCCCCGACAUCCCGAUCUCGACGACCGCGAAGGUCAGCAUCGAAGAUCUGCAGGUGGGAGACUCUGGAUCGGCCACACCGGAGGAGAUCGAGAGACUUCGGCAAAUAAUCUGGAAGAAACGACACCUACUGAUCGGAAAAGGGAACGCCUUACCCCCGGCGGUCAAGGGCGUCGUGUGCGACAUCGAUGUUGGAAACGCGAAACCGAUCGCACUGCGAACCCGGCAAGCGCCCACGCGAUUUCGGGAAAAUGUCGCAGGCCCGAUCAAGGGUCUACUGACAGCCGAGAGCAUCCGACCCUCGACAUCACCAUGGGCCUCACCGAUCGUGAUUGUUCGCAAGAGUAACGGGGUGGAUAUCAGAUUGUGCGUUGAUUACAAGCUGGUAAACAGCCUCACGAGGAUGAUGGUCUACCCUAUGCUCCUGAUCAGCGAUCUACUAGAAGAUCUGGAUAAAGCACUAUGCUACUGCUCUCGCAUGCCUUUUGGUCUUAAGAAUGCCCCACAGAUUUAUCAGCGCCUCGUAGACAACGCGCUGUAUGGAUUUUUGAAGAUCUCGCGAUCCGGUGACGCUGGGGCCACAACGGAUGUGUUCCAGACCGGGAUCGCGGAUGAUCCUGAUCGCGAGUCGGUCCUGGGUCGGAGGUCAUACAUCGACGACAUCAUGAUCGCAGCGGAAUCGUGGGACCAAAUGUACCGAAGAGUGGAGGAUCUGUUGGAGGCUUGUGAUAAGUGGAAUUUGUCGAUCAGUGUAGCCAAGAGGUGUUGGGGCAUGGAUAAGGAUAUCCGGGACAUCGAGUGUCGAUGGGAGGUUUGGAGGCAAGCCCGAAAGACCUGA